AUGGCGACGGCGCGCCGCCGCGGCAUGCCGCUGCGCGAGUGCAACCUGCUGAUCAGGACCCUGGCGAGGCGCGGCAGCCACGCCGAUGUCAUGGCGGUCUACUACGACCUCCGCGGACGCGGUCUCGUGGCGGACAGCUUCACCUACCCGUUCGUGCUCAGGGCCAUCGGGGUCCUCAAGGUACCCGUCGAGGGGCGCAAGGCGCACGCGGCGGCCCUCAAGACCGGUUUCCGGUGGGAUGCCUACACCGCGAGCUCGCUCAUGGACAUGUACACGACGGUGGACCGUCCGGAAGUCGCGCGGAAGGUGUUCGACGAAAUGCCGCAGAGGGCGCUGGUCGUGUGGAAUAUGAUGAUCAGGUGCUAUGUCAGGAGUGGCCGAAACACAGACGCGGUUGCUUUGGCUGAGGAGAUGGAAAGGGGCGGCCUCACACCCGACAGGGUGACGUUGCUGACCGCACUCACCGCCUGCUCCAGAGCCGGUGACCUGAGCUUAGGAAGGAGAAUUCAUGCCUACAUGGAUGGAGUCACUGGGUUCAGCCUCCCAGUUGCAAAUGCACUGCUGGACAUGUACACGAAGAAUGCUUGCUUGGAAGAGGCAGUGAAGCUGUUCGAACAGAUGCCAGCGAGGAACAUCAUUUCCUGGACCAUACUUGUGUCGGGAUAUGCCUUGGCCGGACAGGUGGAAAAGGCGAGAUUACUCUUCCACCAAUGCACAGAGAAGGAUCUAAUCAUGUGGACUGCUAUGAUCAACGCGUAUGCGCAACAUGGAUGCUUCGUGGAGGCAUUGUCGUUGUUUCGAGACAUGCUGAUGCAUCAAGUUGAGCCAGACAGGUUCACUGUUGUCACUCUCCUGACAUGCUGUGCCAAUCUUGGCGCGCUCGAUCAAGGUGAGUGGAUCCACCAGCUUGCUGAAGGUAAGAAGAUGAAGCUUGAUGCAGUUCUUGGCACCGCAUUGAUCGACAUGUAUGCCAAGUGUGGGCAUGUAGAGAAGUCAGUGGAGGUCUUUGAACGAAUGGAAGGCAGAGACACUACGGCCUGGACAGCCAUUAUCUGCGGCCUGGCCACAAAUGGUCAGGCAAGUAGAGCCCUCGAAUUGUUUGAGGAUAUGGAGAGAAGCAGCGCUAGGCCUGACAGCGUUACCUUCAUUGGGGUGCUGAGCGCAUGUUGCCAUGGUGGCUUGGUUGAUGAAGGGCGGAAACAGUUUCGUGCUAUGAAGGAGGUUUAUCGGAUACGACCAAGAGUUGAACAUUAUGGUUGCCUUGUCAAUCUUUUAGGUCGUGCUGGUCAACUUGAUGAAGCUGAGAAGUUGAUCAAGGGUAUACCAAUUGACAAGGACGCUAUGCCGCUGUUUGGUGCACUCCUCACUGCUUGCAAGGCUCAAGGCAAUGUCGAGAUGAGCGAAAGGCUGACCAAACGAAUAGGCAAGCGAGGCUACCAAAUUCCUGAUGUGGAUUUGCUCAUGUCUAAUGUGUAUGCAACUGCAAGUCGAUGGGAGGAUGUAGUAAGAGUAAGGAGCAAGAUCGCACACCCCAGUGUCAAGAAAAAUGCAGGGCGCAGCUUGAUCGAGGUGAAGGGAUACUGAAGAUGGCAGUUAGCACUUGCACAUCUAGUGCUUCAACAUAGGAAUGGCUAAAACAUCCAUUAGUCUGAGUAAUUUUUCCUAGAGAUCCAUUGAUCUGAGUUGAUUGCAUUGAUAUAACCAAAAUAUUAUGGUCAAUUUAGCUGCGGUGACUCGGUUCGUUAACAAUUAAAAAGGUGCUCAAAAUUCCACCUGUUUUUACCUCCUUGAGACCCCGGGACUAAAAUUUUCAGAACAGAGGUGUUGAAAUGCAUUGUCUUCUGCAGUUGGUUGAUUUGAUCCUUGAUAACGAUCAGUACUUAUUUUCAGGAACCGAUCACAGCGAGACUUGUGAAAUUACUAUUUAUUUAACUCCUGCAAUGAAAUGACAUACAUUUCUGGAAACGAAGAAAUCAAGGUUAGUUACCAAGCCAAUGGUAUCUUUCAUCUAUUUCUGUUGCAGAUGAAUAUACCUAUGGGCUAAUAUGCACCUUGACACUAUCGAUAAUGCACCAAAUUCUAGUGUGACCAUUUGUAAUCUUAUGAUGAGACCGUAUGACUUUGGUCGUUUAAUCGACUAGCUAAUACUUGGCUUGCACUUGUUGAUGGAUUUCAGCCUGAACUGACCGACACCCAGAAUUUCAUUGACCCUAAUGCAGUACAUUAUCUUCAGAACGUUGUUCAGGAGAUCACAUAAGUUGGCUGCCUCCCAACAUCUUGAAAAUAUCUCUUGUAAGUUCAUCCGCUAGUUACAAAAUAUCAAUUCAAGCCACUGUUUGGGUUCAGUGAAUUAACUAAACAAGAAUUCAGUUUACCACAUGAGGCAAAAAUCAAGGCUUGUAGCCGGUGACAAUAUAGCAGUUUUCUGGCUGUAUUUGCAUUUUCAGUUGCGUUCAUUUCAUAGUUUUGGUGCUACUUGUGGAAGAAAAUCAGAAUGACACACUAUAAACUGAUAAGCUUUCUUUCUCACGGAGGUAACCUGCUAGUACUGCCUAUUACCUUCAUUUUGUGUGGAUAUUUCAGCUACGCAUAACCUUAAUUAUGAGUACAAAAAAGAAAGCCCCGUUAAGUCCGUUGAUAACAUCUAGGACAUAUUAUGGUUCCAGCCCUAAAAAUAGCAGUACAGAUAGGCAUAAAAAGGUUCUUAAUAUUUUUUGAAAAUAUGAUGCAAAACCAACCUAUCAUAUCAUAGAAUUUCACAUCUAUGAAAAGGAAACUUGGAGUAGCCCAGAAGGUACUAUAUGAUAAAUAAAAACCAGAAGGUACUAUUAACUGAAAUUAUCGUUAUACUCCUACAUCUCAUUGUUCAGAAUAAUAUUUUCAGGUUACUUUAUUACAUCAUACCUUAUCAAACAAAGAAAAAAUCUUGUUUUUUCAUGAUCACUAGCGCUGCUAUUUCGACGUUGGAGUACAGUUCCACCUUAGGCUAGUAUCGCUAGAUAUGUUCUUGUUCCAGGGGAAAUACCCUUUGGCUCUCGCAUGUAUAUACACCCUAUAUGGGAUAUUUUUUAAAAAUAAUUAAACAAAAAGUCAAAAUAGUUCAAAAGUAUUUUUAGAUUAACUUGACUUAUUUGCGCACUAGUAUAUAAGUUUCCACCAAAAAAGAACCAACGUUGACUUCACAGCAAAAAAGACAAAAUUUAUUUGCUAUUAUAGGUCACUAUUCACGAUAUUUUGACCGAAAAUUUGUCUUUUUCAAAAAGAAGUCAAAGAGGAAUUGUCCUUUUGUGAAACUUUUCU